UAUUAUAAAUGUAGGUAGAUUUAAAUAUGUCAUUCCUUUUCUAAAAUUUAUACGUUAUUUCAAUUUGCUGUGGGAUUUAGUUAGUUAACUACAUUGAUUAUAUUUAUACUUAAACUAGCGCCAUGUCAAACCGUUGCCAGUUGGAGCUGCUAGACGACCAGCUCCCCCACUCCUUGCUGGAGCCGCCUUCUCCCGCCUACACCAACGUGACCGUACGCAGGGCGUUCAUAGUGUGGCUGCAUUGUGGACAGAAGAACAAGUUCAAGGAUGUCUGCAACUACUUCCAUUAUUUGGAGUCUUUGGAAGAAAAGUUACCACCAAAUAAGCGCGCGACGAGUCGCCACCACGAGUUCGUCAUGUUCACAAACCAGCCACCGAAAUCCAGUUAUCUGAAGCAGUACUUCCCAACAUUAUACCCUCAGGAUAUUCAGGAACGGCUUCCUAACCCUGCAGAAUCAACCCCGGAGAAAUGUGACCUCAAACUAGAAGAGUACGAGGAAAUAAGGAAACGAGAAGGCGCCACUAAGAAGGAAAUUAUCCAAGCCAGCUGCAUGAUCAGGAACUACUGCAAGUCCCACAUGAAAAGUUUGAACAAUUUCCUUUGCGAAUUCAAAGAUUAUUCCACGAAGUGUGAACUGAGCAACAGCGUUAACAACUUGGUUCAUUAUAUAAAAAGAAAGUUGAUCGAAGAAGAAAUAUGCAUGCUCAAUAAUUGUACGAAAAAUUUCAAAUUUUUCGACUUUGACGUAAAAUUCCAUUCGAAAGAUGAAUUUCAAACUGGGAACGCAGACAUUAAUAACGGUAAUGACGUUAAAAAGAUAAAAAUAUUAACCAAUGAAGCUAGACACAAAGCUAACUCCACGCCAGUUAAAACUAAUAAUAUAUUUGAUACAUUCUAUAAAGUCGGUGAUAUAAACCACUUACUAGUCAAUCAAGCAAAAACAAAUUUAGACAAUUAUAAUCUUAUUGAAGAUUUUCAAGCAAAAAUUAAAUUAAAUUGGAAUGAAGGUCAUGGAAAAUCUGUAAAAACUCCCAGCGAAUUGACGACGAAUGAUUUUAAUUCAAAUCAUGCAUUUUAUAAUUCCAAAUAUGUUUUUCAAGAGAAGACCAAGUUUAGGUAAAAUUGAGGCAAAACAAUUUAAAACUAACAGUACUUGUUGACUAUAAUUUAUGGGGAGUAUGUGAUUUAUACUGACGUUCCGAAAAUUAAUAUCCAAAUUGAAAAUAAGAAAAGUUUAUUUCUAUUUAAACACUGAUGUAGUGUCCAUAUUUAUAUUACAUAUGUAUUGGUUUGUA